UCUCCUUACCCUGCUGUUGUUCUGUUUAUAUAUAUCCUUAGCCAACUAAGUCUGAAAGCCAUGUGUAGUAUUUUCUCAAUUAGAGCUUUUUUUGCUGUUUAUUAAUGGCUGAAUUUGAUGGUCAUCCCUAUUACAGCUGCAUAAAUUGUAGAAACCCUGUUGCUUUGCGUUUUGAUCUUCUUUCCAAAAGCUUUCAUGGAAAAACCGGACCGGCAUAUUUCUUCUCUCGUGCAAUGAACAUCACAGUGGGGAGAAAGGAGGAGAGGAAGCUCAUCACGGGAGCUUAUACGGUUGCCGAUAUCUAUUGCAGCAACUGUGGAGAGGUACUCGGUUGGAAGUACAUCAGAGCUUAUGAGAUCAAACAGAAGUUCAAAGAAGGAAGGUUCAUCAUUGAGAGAGCCAAGAUUGUCAAGGAAUACUAGCUUUUACUAUUUAAGCCCCCCAUCCUACAUGUUUCAAUAACAAUUCCUUUUAUGUGAGCUUCUAUAAAUAUAAUUGUAGCUUAUAUGUAUUCCUUCUAUAUGCAAAUGUCUGCAAACUUUGUCGGAUGUUUAUAUCGCUUUGAAAUUAUGGCAUUGCAGAACAAAUUAUGUUUUUAUGUUAAUGCCCCUUAUUUUGUCCUAAAAAAUUGGAAGGAGAUUUGAUAAUGUGUC